AUGAAGUUGACGACGAACAUUUACCCGGAAUUGUAUGACAAAGGUAAUCGUUUGUCACACUCGAGUGAUACCAGCCAGGCUGACACCAUGACGUCGGUUACAAGCUCUUCGCUCGACUCGGAUGAGGUGGACCUGUCGGGGCUGGUCGAGUCCGUGGUCGAUUCCGACGAGGAAGACAUUGCUGAAAGUAUCGAUAGUUUAAGUGUCCGGGACACCGUGCGAGAAUGCCUCGAAAAAGAUCCCAGCGAUCGGACGGUGGACGAUAUCGAGGUGUUGCUGGAGUUCACUCAAAAGCUGAAAGCCUUCACCAACAUGACGUUCGCGGUGCGACGAGCCCUCUGCUCAGUGAUGGUGUUUGCGGUGGUUGAGAAGGCCGGCACCGUCGUCAUGAACGAUGGCGAAGAGCUGGACUCGUGGAGCGUACUGAUCAACGGGCACGUGGAGAUCGAACACAGCGCCACCGGGGAGGUCGAGUAUCUGCACUACGGCGACAGCUUUGGCAUCAUGCCCACGAUGGACAAACUAUACCAUCGGGGAGUGAUGCGGACGAAGUGCGACGAUUGUCAGUUCGUUUGCAUCACCCAAACCGACUACUACCGGAUACAGCACCAGGGCGAGGACAACAUUCGCAAGAUCGAGGAAGACGGCCAGGUCGUGAUGGUGACCGAGCUGCGGAACAGCACGGGCGAGAAUGGGUCCCGGAAGGGCUACGUCGUGAUUCGGGGAACGGUGGAACGGCUGAUGCACCAACUGGUCGAGGACACCACACAAACCGAUCCGAAUUACGUGGAGGACUUCCUUCUCACAUGCCGCACGUUUAUCAGCAACCCGAUGGAGAUAUCCAAGCAGCUGCUCAAGUGGUUCAACGUUGACGGUGGAGGCGCGCACGAGCUGGAAGGGGCGCAGGGAAAUGAUUUCGUCGACGGAGCGGCUUCAUCAACGCUGGCUCACGUUUCUGCCUUGCUCGGGGCACCCCCGUCGUCGCCCUCGGCAAGCGAUCUGUGCGAUCGCGUCACACGCGUCGUCCUGCUGUGGGUGAACAACCACUUCACCGACUUCGAUACCGAUCCGCAGAUGAUGGAGUUUUUGGAAAUCUUCGAAUCGGCCCUGGAAAAGCGGAACAUGCUCGAGCAGCUGCGACUGUUGCACGUGUACGCGCAGCACAAUGCACGCGAGCGCAACGUAACGUUGGCGCGCAGUUCGCGGGACGAGGAUUUAAACUUUCAAAUCUCCGGCGGCCCGGGUGGCAUCUUUAUUACGCGGGUCGAGCCGAAAACGAAAGCCUACGAUGCGGGUCUGAAGCGGGGCGAUCAGAUACUGGAUGUGAACGGGCAGAGCUUCGAGCACGUGACGUGCGUGCGGGCACUCGAGCUACUGCGGGGCACCACCCACCUCAGCAUCACGGUCAAGAGCAACCUGUGGGCGUUCAAGGCAAUGCUCGCGAGUGCCGACGGUAGCGGCGAUGCGGGCAAACUGAAGCUCGAUCUGAAGAAAGGGCUGCGAGCGGCGGAUCUUUUGCAGUCCCAAAAAUCGCUCGAUUUGGUCGACAAAGCGGGAGGCUUGCUGUCGGCCGGUCAUCAGUUUUUGAUGCCCCUGCCGGUGCGGGACAUCGAGUACGGGCGGAAGGAUUCCGGCGCUUCGACCACGUCAUCGUCGAUGCACAUGAACAACAACAAGAGUGGUGGCGGCGGAAGCUUUAUGACGCUCGGGGGAAAGAAACGACUCCAGAAGGCGCUGAUCCGCAUGAAUCUACUGCCAAAGAAUAGUGUCUUCCAGGAUGAUAGCAUCAACAACAACAACAACAAUAGCAGCGCCGCAGGAACGAUGACAGCCACCACCAACGGCAACAGUAACAGCGGUGGAAGCAGUGGCAGCAACUGCGACGGUAGUGACCAAUCGUCCGGGAUCAGUGUAAGCUUUUCCUCCCAGGCGUCCUCCAUCUCAACUUCCUCGAUAACGACGGCCGAUUCGGACGACACGGCACCGACGGGCACGACCACCACGGCGACGACGGGAUCGGCUGCAGCAGGGACCACCUACCAGAGCAACCCGGAUCUCCGCGAAAGUCCGUGCACACCGGCGAAAGCCCAAUCCACCGAGGCGAUCAUCCCGAUGAAGGGUGCAGGAAUGCUGUACUACGAGGAGAUGCGCGGUGCGAGCGAUUUCCCCGAGCACAUACUGAAGGUGUACAAGUCGGACCAAACGUGCAAGUACCUGCUGGUGCACAAGGAGACGACGGCCCACGAGGUGGUGAUGCUGGCGCUCCAGGAGUUUGGAAUCCACGAUCCGAGCUCGAACUUUUCGCUGUGCGAAGUGAGUGUCGGCGAAGGGGGCAUGAUCAAGCAGCGCCGGUUGCCGGAUCAGCUGCAGAAUCUGGCGGAGCGGAUCGGACUCAGCUCGCGGUACUAUCUGAAGACGAACGGCAUCACGGAGACGCUCGUGCCGGAUGACGUGGCACCGGAGCUUAUCCGCGAAAGUGCCGUCCACUUUCUGCAGCUGAACGCGAACGAGCUGGCCAUACAGCUGACACUGCAGGAUUUUUCGAUCUUUCGACAGAUCGAGUCAACGGAGUACGUGGACGAUCUGUUCAAUCUGAAGAGCCGGUACGGCAAGCCGAUGCUGGUGCGCUUCGCGGAGCUGGUGAACCGCGAAAUGUUCUGGGUGGUGACGGAAGUGUGCAGCGAGCACAACAUGAUGCGCCGGUGCAAGAUCAUCAAGCAGUUCAUCAAGAUCGCGCGGCACUGCAAGGAGUGCAAGAAUUUUAACAGUCUCUUUGCGAUCGUCAGUGGGCUGGGCCAUGCGGCCGUCUCGCGGUUGCGUCAAACGUGGGAAAAGCUCCCGUCAAAGUACCAGAAGCUGUUCAACGAUCUGCAGGAUCUGAUGGACCCGUCGCGCAACAUGUCCAAGUACCGGCAGCUGAUCCAGACCGAGCUGAACGCCCAGCAACCGGUCAUCCCGUUCUACCCGGUCGUAAAGAAGGAUCUUACCUUCAUCCAUCUCGGCAACGACACAAAGAUCGACAGCCUGAUCAACUUCGAGAAGCUGCGCAUGAUCUCGAAGGAGAUUCGCACGCUGCUGUACAUGUGCAACUCUCCGUACGACAUCCUGACGAUGCUCGAGUACAAGUGCCAACCGCCCAGUUCGGCCAUGCUCGCCCUCAACCAGAUGUCGGUGCCCUCGGGUGGCGGUGGCGGAUUGCUCGCGCCCGUACCGCCGCCACCACCGCCCGGCUCUUCGGCCACGUUCCUGCACAGCCAGCAGACGGUGAAACGGAGGAAAAAGUCGACCGCGGCCCCCAACUCGAAGAAGAUGUUCGAAGAGGCCCAGAUGGUGCGGCGUGUCAAGGCGUACCUGAACAACAUGAAAGUGACGACGGACGAGGACGAACUGCACCGGCUAUCGCUGGAGUGCGAGGCGCAGGGUGGCACCACACCGAACACGGUGCAGGUUCGCAAACGUUACCCUUCGCCGACGCUGUCGACCACAUCGAGCACGAGCUCAACGAGCGGAGAAGGCCGCAAGGGUGCGCUGGGGCUUGGCAUGAGCAGUCUGUCGAUCGGGAGUGCCAGUAGCAGUAACAGUGGGGCGCCAAAGUUUGGAGCCGCUUCACCACAAGCCGUGAAGAAGCUACUGUCCCUGUCGGAGCAAACGAAGACGCGACCCCACCAACCGCGGCAUCCGUCGGUGGGCGGUGGCUCGGUGGUGCUACCGGGACCGCUGGGCGGUGGCAUCCUUCAUCACGGUCACCACCACCAUCACCAUCAUCAGCAGCACCCGCAGCAGCAACCGCAUCAUGCCUCCCUGGCGGCCGCUCACCAUAGCACACUGUCUCACUUUCACCAUCCGCCGACGGCAUAUCUUCAUCACGGAACUGGCCUCACGAUCAGUCCCUCGCAAUCGUCACCGGGCCAUUGCUGCCCAGGUGGGGUGGGGUCAACGGGUAGUGGAACUCCGCCGACUGGCCUGAUGGGACCACCGCAGUAUCCACCGCCCAGUCACGUUGCGACAAGCGGCGGAGGAUACUCGAUGGCAACGGGAGGUGGUGGCCCACCCGGAGGUGGAAUCGUUUCGGGUGCCGGUGCCGGUGGCGGAACACCGGGAGGCCAUCACCUCGCGGGCAUGUUGCCGACACCACCGAACUACAGCACCACCAUGUCGAUGUACCCGAACGGCCGUCCCGUCAUGGCCAGCCGGAUACUGGAGAGUUCCGUCGAUGCACCUAGUCAGAUACCGCCACCGAUGGAGCUGCCGCCGGAGAGUACUUCCUUCCGGAGUCCACCAAACUAUGCUCAAACCGCUCACCGGCGAAUCACCAGCAACAGUACAACCAUUCCGCCACCGUACCCGACGCCCCAUCAAAACUUCGGCUCAUCCUCGCGCAUCAUUGCGGCCGUCGGGAUUUCUCCCAUCACACCGAACUACGUGGCGCCGGCCGUGAAUGCAAUGUCCCCGAUGUACAAUCCGGCGGCGGCCGGUAACAACGUGGCGACCGUGGGCGGUUCCGUGGGCAACAGUCUGCCACCGGCCAUCCCGGCGCGGAUACACGAGGUGCCGGUUGAUGUGCCACCGCCAUUGCCACCGCCGAGCAUAGAUCUGUCGGCCGAAAGUAGCUCCGUUACCGUGCUCAGCAGUUCCGCUUCCGCCCGAACACCAUCCUACGGACAGUAUUCCGCGCAGGCGUACCACAAUCACAUAUCGCGAUCGCGAGGGCCACGCUUUUGAAAGGUUUAAGAAGGGAAUUAUUACAGGAACUGUUCUAACGAUCGCUCUCUUAC